CGUUGCAAGACGCCGGCGCAGGGAGAGACGGCAGAAAGGGUCGUCGUCAUCGUCACUGCGGCGCAGAUGCUCCCUCGCCUAAGAGGAGGAGGAGGAAGAGAACGAUGGCCUUCGCCUGGAGCCCCCUCUGGAGCCUUUUCGUCCUUCUGGGUUUCCUGCUGCCGCCCGGCGAUUCCUUUGAAUACUGUGAGGCUUACAAAGAUCUCUAUGGACGUUGGCAUCCACAGCAGACUUGUUCAGAUUAUUGUUGUGGGACCUGCAACAAUCGUUAUUGUUGCUCAUAUGCCUUUAGGAAAAAUUAUCAGUUUCUCUGUUCCCCGGAAAGUAUACUUCCAUCUUUCAAGCCUGAACCAUUCAAGAUAGACCCAGAUUUUGAAGAUCUAUAUUCGUCUGAUUACAGUGGGACAUUUAUAGCAAUUGGCAUUUCAAUUUUCGUCGUGUUUGUAGUAGGCAUCAUUCUCUGCUUCACCUGCUCAUGUUGCUGCCUGUAUAAAGCCUGCCGAAGGAGACCACAGCCUGUUGUGACCACAUCCACAAGUGUGAUACAGGUGCCUUACCCUCAGCAGCCUGGGGUACCAGUUGCUUAUGCUGGAGGACCAUACCAAGGAUACAAUCCACUACCGGUACAGCCCCAGCCUGGAAUGCCACCAGCAUCCUACCCAACCCAGUACCCUCCGCCCUAUCCUACACAACCUAUGAGGCCACCGCCAUACCAGGAAACCGUGGCAGUUGGUGCCUCAGCUCCUCCAGCUCAACCCCCUUAUAAUCCAGCAUAUAUGGAUCCUCCAAAGGCUUCCUAUUAAAUGGACUUUUACUGUGUGUGUCUCUGGAAGCCUCUUCAGAUUGCCUUUUUCACGUGGAGUUCUUUCGGAAGAUAUUAUUCUGAUAUAUCUGUUUGGAGGGGUGGGUCACAGUUUAUUUACAGCACUUUGAGAAGUGCAAGAAAUUCAAGCGAUUCAAAGAUGACCUUUUUGUAAAGAAAAAGUAGGGGUGAAUCUAAGAAAGAACUUAAAAAGUAAGCAUCAGGAAUACAAUUGAACUAAAUAGGGACAAUCGUUUGAGGGAUUAUUUGGCCAUAAUUUCAUCAAAAUCAAUUUAAAAUGGGCUAAUCUUUUUCCAGCUUAGUACAGAAAAGUAACAUCUGUUUUGAAACAAAAUGUUUUCGAAGUAAUGGGGAAAUAGCUCUUUAGCAGGAAAUGGGCCAACUUGUUCAGUAAUCCCCUUGUUUUUGUCCAUUAUGCAGCAGUUGCAUAGUCUUUCAGUAUCACAGUGCAAAUAUUUGAAUUUCAUUGGAAUUUUGUCACUAUACAAAAAAAAAUCUUUUGUAUUCUCUGUUGCAUGGAGAUUGUUGAAUGGGAUCAUUUAUCAGCUUUCUGUGUUCUGCACCAAAAUAUUACAGCAUGUCACACUCUUAAAAAAGAACUCAGACCAGAACUCGGACGAAACAAAGAUAAAUAAUGUGGUGACCUCCUCUAUUUUUAUCUGUAGUUCCCAGACUCUCUUGCCCUUAGCAUCCAGAGGCUGCUGGGAAUUUAAAUCCAGCUGGAGAGACAUUAAAUUACAUAGCCCUGCUCUAGGCUAUUUAAAUGGGGCAUUUCAUUCCUCCCCACAUUAACCAUUUUUCUUAUCUAACUGACAAUCAGUUUCUUAUAGACCCAUAUAGUUUUGAUCAAGGUGGUAUUUUGAUUAAGAGUCACACCAGCCUUAGUAUACUAUUAGAAAGAGAAAAUAUCACAGUAAUGUUUCAUUUUAAAUGGGUGCUUCGCUGCCAUUUCUGAAUCAAUCCAUUUCUCAAUUAAAAGUAAUUUUUCAACUACUUAAGGACAGAGAGAGAGAGAGAGAGAGAGAUAUGAAUUUCUGUCUUGAAAUAAACAUCUGUAAUACGUUUGGCAUCCUAGAAACUUGAAUGAAAGUGGAAAACAUUUCAAAACUCUUUAUAGAGUGGUAUGGAAGUAAUUUGGUAAGGAAGAAAGCCUAAAUCCUGGGCUAACACCCCAGGAAAAAAAAGAUGGCUCCCAAUCUUUGCAUAGCAAAAGCAAUCCAAAAGAAAACAACUUUGCUCCACAUAAAGUGACAUAAAACCCAAAAUAAAUCAGCGCAAUUCAUAAAACCAGCCAACACUAUGAGAUUAGAUAAAUUCAGAGAACUGUAGUCCCUGUUCAGAAAUACCCAGCCAAGAGAUACAUGUUUUUGGGAGCUUUUUUCCUAUUGCUAAUAGUUUUCCAUGCCUACAGAAUUGUAAUCUUGGUGUUUGAUUAAUAUUUCUGUCACCUUUGUGUUUUCUAACUCUCCCAAUUUCAGUUCCAUUAUCUAUUUAAGAUACUUGCAGAAUACAAUCUUAACAUGAUAACGUGCACUCAUCUGAGAGAAGUGGACUGCAUUAUGUGAAAAAUGAAAGGAUAUCAGAAAAUUAAAAAUUAUAUAUGUGGAUAAUGGAAUACUUCUUUGUGCCUAGGAAGAGAAAAUGAUUGAUUUUUGCAGUUUGUCUUAAACUCUGCUAUUGUACUCUUUGUAAAUACAAGACAGUCCUCAAUUUACAACCAUAAUGAAGCCUGCCAUUUAUGGUCAUAAGUCAUGAUGGUUAUAAAGCAGGGCGUCAUGUGAUUUUAUGACAUGACCAGUUGUAAGACAAGGAUUACCUGUAAAGCUGAAAGAGUUUGCCCCCUUAUUCCUACCCAUUAGAAAUAUAGGACCUUGUUUCAGCAAGCUUUGAAUUUUAUGACAGCAUGUCUCAGUCUAUGUUUUUACUUCCAUAUAUGUCUUACAAAGAAUACAUCUCUCUAUCACUAUGCUGUAAUUAUGGAAUCCUAGUAUUAUUUUGUUGAAGGCUGUUUUGCCUGCUUGUCUUAAACGCUGCCUCUGUUUCCUUAUUCAGGCUAUAUAUGCUGAGAGUAGUUUCUAAUCCUUGUAAUGUGUGAAAUCACAGUUAAAGUUUGCAAGAUUUCAGUAAUUGACAACUGAUGACUGAAUUUCUCCAAAAGUAUUUGCUUAUGAAAAAUUUAUAAUAAAAGGUAUUUCUUUAAUGGCACUUCUACUGCUAGAAGUGGGUCCUGUUACAAUUCACAGUACUUGCAUGAAGUCUGAAGGAUUGUAACAAGUGGCACGUGUAGUGUCUCAAUUAAAAUGCUGCAUUCUUUGUCGAAUAUUUUUUUUUUGUUUAUCCUUUUUAUUGUGAACUUUUAAAGUGCCUUUUCAAAUUUUUGUAACUCUGUCACCAUAACUAUUGUACAAUGUUAACGUACUGUGAUAUUUUUGUUCAGAAUCUUGACUUUGUUUUUAAUAAAAAAAAUCUUUACACGUUGUUGCUUCUGGUAAAUAAAAUACAAUUAGAAAAAAAGCUAGCAUAUUUGUGGCUAUUUGUAAUAAAUCAGACCACUUAAAAUA